GGAUCCAGGAGCAGGCAGCACUAGUACACAAAUAGAUGUCAGUGCAUCUUUCUUUCUGGCACAAGCUCUGGAGUGACCACAGCCUUUGCAAAAGGAUUUCUUGCCUCCCAUAACCACACUGGAUGUUGACUUUUUUUUUAUUAUUAUUUCAUUUUUUUCCCAUUUCUGUCUCUUAAGCAUCCUUCCUAUUUUUCACAUGCUUGGGUUGGAGUGAGCAGCACUUCUAUGAUUUUUUCCCCCCUGUCAUCUCCAUUGACUGUAACAACCAACACAAAACAAUUUAAAAAAAAAAAAAAAGUGUGGGGGGGGACUGUGGAUCUAUUUUAAGAGGACAGCGAUCAAGGAAUAUACAUAUUUUUUUUUUCUUGCAUAGCAAACAUGGAUGUUUUGGCUAGUUAUAGUAUAUUCCAGGAGCUCCAGAUUGUACAUGACACGGGCUACUUCUCAGCAAUGCCAUCCCUGGAGGAAAAUUGGCAGCAGACAUGCCUGGAACUGGAGCGGUAUUUGCAGACAGAACCUAAAAAAAUGUCAGAAACAUUUGGAGAAGAUUUGGACUGUUUUCUGAACACCUCCAUUGCUCAGGCUGCUGAUGGCACUGCUUGCAAGAUUGAUUCAAUUGUAAUUCCAGUGGAUAUUAGUACCUAUGAAAAACGUCCAAGCAUGGAUGUGUUACUUUCACAAGACAAGUUACUAUCAGAGACGUGCGUCAGCCUACAGCCCGCUACAGAAUGCUAUACGUCUGUAAACCAAGCGCAGUUGAAUGCAGUUACAUCUCUAACGCCGCCAUCAUCCCCAGAACUUAGCAGGCAUCUAGUCAAAACCCCACAGUCCCUUUCUGUUGUAGAUGGCACCGUGACCUUAAAACUAGUUGCAAAAAAGGCCACAGUAAGCUUGGGGAAGGCUGCAGAGUCAGCAUCAACGGCGGUGACGUCAAAGUGCGGCCAUAGUGAUAGUGAACAGACUGGGGGCCCAGGAGAAGCUUCCCCUGAAAAUAAGAAAAGGGUUCAUCGCUGCCAAUUUAAUGGCUGCAGGAAAGUCUACACAAAGAGUUCACAUUUGAAAGCCCACCAGAGGACACACACAGGUGAGAAGCCAUACAAGUGCUCCUGGGAAGGGUGCGAGUGGCGUUUUGCUCGAAGUGAUGAACUGACAAGGCACUACAGGAAGCACACAGGGGCAAAGCCAUUCAAAUGCAACCACUGCGACAGGUGUUUUUCAAGGUCUGAUCACCUUGCCCUCCAUAUGAAGAGACAUAUUUAAGGACAUUCAAAAAUAGAGAUGGCAUCCCAGCCUUGAACAGACCAUCUGUUGCAGUGGGCAAUUGUGGUUAUGCAGGAGAACAUUGUCACAUGUAAAACUCUGUACACAAAAUCCAUAUCAAAAGUUCAUGCACCGUCACACAUUCAUGCAUACAACACCUGUUUGUUCUGCCUUACCCCCAGCCUAAGUGAGAAAGACAUGGAAGACAUGGAUGGAGAUUUGAAUGAUUGAAGAUCUACAAAAUCCUAAGCAAUUGCAUUUUGGGUGAUCUUGUAUGUCUCACCAUGGCAACUAAGAGAACAAGACAUCUCUGCAAGUGGACAGUAGAUUUGAGAGGCUCUGAAGAACUCAAUUUAUUGCAUCUCAGAAGCUGCUAAAAUCCACUUUCGAAUUGUAGAACUAAAUUUUUUGUUUUAAAUCUUUGAGGCUAAAAAAAGAUGGAUUUGCGAACUAGGAAACCAAAUCUCAGUCCAUGAGCUUUCUGCUUCAUGUAUGUGAAUCUGAAGACUGCAAAUCAAAAACAAAAAACUGUCCUAUUUCUAUUAGGAUCUAACUACAUGUGGUUUUACCUGAUUAUGGAGCUUUUAAAACCCUUUUUAACUCAAUGCCAUAGGCCUUACUGGCAGUAAACAGGUGAAGUUCCAAGCAUGACCAAGGUUCUGCAAUUGUUUGGUCUAUGUUUCAUACAGAACUCUUCAAUGGUAAAACAUUUAUAUCCCCUCAUUCCCUUAAUUUAUUUGUUUUUUACUUAUUUUGGUGUGGCACACCUUAUGCACUAGUGACUUUUCAAGCCGCUAACACUGACUGAGUGGGAUCAAAAUGAUUUAGCUAGAGUGUCCUACCAGUGACUACCAGUGUGCACACUUCCAAAGGUUACAGACCUUACAGUUUUUGUUUUGUCUUUUUUUAACUUGUUUUUAAUUUAAACAGGCUCAAUGAGUAACAUUGUUCAGUUACAGUACAUUCUCUCGUUGAACAUUUAUCUUAUUCAACUUCUUGCUCUCUGUCUGGACACUUUUAGCUUGGAUUGGACCAGCAAUUUAGACUUGACUUCUAAUGUCAGUGGGCUGUAAGCCAUCACCAACUGAACUUUCCAAAAUCGUGCUUGAUUAGUGAUUUUUAAUCCUAACAAUAUAACUAGUUAGAAACUUGAUGUUAUUUCGAGAGCAGCUGCAUUUUUGUACUAAAUAUUUUGUUUGUGUCUAACAACAAAAAAGCCAAAUAUAUAAAUCCUUACAACACUGGAUAUUGGAGGACACCUUAAAGUACAGUAAGUUGAUUUUGUGGGAUUGACUCAUUAAUAAACGAAAGAGGAGACACUACCUUGAAUACCAAGGUUAUUAUUUAGGAUGCUCUUAAAUUAGUUAAGAGCUCAGAUAUCUGUAAACUAAGUGGAUAUAAUUUCCAUUGGUGAUUUUUUUACAGGGUUACAGUAAUAUGUUAGAGCUGUAAAUUCAUUGUAAUCUCAUGUUAGUAAUAUCUUCGGGUCACAAAACAGCUUUAUAUACCCAACAAAAUCAAUCAUUUUCUCAUAUAUUUAAAACGGCCCUGAAUCCAUCAUGAUCAGGAAAUUUGUGUACAUACUACUAUGCUGUCACUAGUCUUGCUUCUAGAGACUGCAAAUUGUAACAAGUGGUCAAUUCAAGUAGUUGUGGAGGGGGAUAGGUUAUCUAUUUUGGAUAUUCUGGGGCCAUCCCUAAACAACUAGUAAAAUUGCACAUAUGGUCCCAUGGUGUCCCUGACAAAAGCAGCUCUUUUAUCCCAGCCAACUGGCAUAUUUUUAACUUGUUUUGACUCCUUGACUGUUAAACGGAAAACAAAAAAAA